AGCAGCCAUGGAGGGCGCCGCCCUGCCCAUCCGCCGGUACCGCCGGGCCCUGGUGGAGGCCGUGAGGGAGCAGCCCUUCCUCAUCGUCACCGGCGAGACGGGCAGCGGCAAAAGCACGCAGCUGCCCAAGUACCUCUUCGAGGCAGGCCUUGCCAAGCUCGGGGCCAUUGGCGUCACCCAGCCCCGGCGCGUUGCCACCAUCUCGGUGGCGCAGCGGGUGGCUGAGGAGAUGGGCUGUUCGCUGGGGAGUGUCGUCGGGUACCAGGUCCGCUUCGAUGACUGCACCACCGAGGAUACUGCCAUCAAGUAUAUGACUGAUGGCUGCUUAUUGAGGCAAAUAUUGGCAGACCCCCUUCUCAGCAAGUACAGUAUCAUCAUUUUGGAUGAAGCCCAUGAGCGGAGCCUCAGCACUGAUAUUUUAUUUGGUUUGCUGAAGAAACUGUUUCUACAGAAGAAACCACCAAACAGGAAGACGGCCAUGAAAGUAGUGGUGAUGUCGGCCACCCUGGAGGUAGACAAGCUCUCGGAGUUCUUUGGACACUGUUCAGUGCUGCAUAUUCCAGGAAGAAGUUAUCCCGUCAAGGAGAUAUUCUGCAACCUGCUCAGCCCAAGGGACAUAGGCAGCUCUGCGUAUGUUACAGAGGCUGUAAAAGUGACAUUGGAUAUCCACUUAAAUGAACCAGAAGGCGACAUCUUGGUUUUCCUGACAGGUCAAAUUGAGAUAGAAAGAGCUUGUGACUUACUUUUCAAGAAAGCGGAAUCUAUUGAUUACCGGUAUGAAGUACAUGAUCGGUCUGUUGAAGGCCUGCUUAUCUUACCAUUGUAUGGGUCAAUGUCAACAGAUCAACAGAAAAGAAUAUUUUUGCCAGCUCCCACAGGCAUUAGAAAAUGUGUGGUGUCCACAAACAUUGCUGCAACAUCUCUGACAAUUGAAGGAGUCAGAUAUGUAGUAGAUAGUGGAUUUGUGAAGCAGUUGAAUCAUAACCCCCGAGUUGGCUUGGACAUACUGGAGGUGGUUCCCAUUUCAAAGAGCGAAGCAAGGCAGCGAGCUGGCCGAGCUGGCAGGACAUCAUCUGGAAAAAGCUAUCAGCUAUACAGCAAAGAAUUCUGGGAGCAAUGCAUGCCUGAUCACACCGUCCCAGAGAUCAAGAGGACCAGUCUGACAUCUGUGAUCCUGACCUUGAAGUGCCUUUCUGUGCAUGAUGUCAUAAGAUUUCCCUAUUUGGACUGCCCUGAAGAAAGGCAUAUUUUAGAAGCUCUCAAGGAACUUUACCAGUGUGAUGCUAUUGACAGGAGAGGCCAUGUGACAAGACUGGGUGAAUUCCUGGUGCAGUUUCCCCUCCCUCCCAACCUGACCUGUGCUGUCAUAAAAGCUGCUUCUCUUGACUCUGAAGAUCUGCUGCUUCCCAUAGCAGCCAUGUUGUCUGUGGAAAAUGUCUUCAUUCGUCCAGGUGAUCCUCAGAAGCAAAAAGAGGCUGAGCUUCAACACCAGGAACUUUCCUCACAAGUGGGAGGAUGCAAUGACUUCGCAACCCUCUUAAAUAUUUUUGAACAGUGCAAAGCAAGCAAGUCUCCUUCAGCUUGGUGCCAGAAAUACUGGAUCCAUUGGAGAGCUUUAAAAUCUGCUUUCAGUGUGGAAAAACAACUUCGGGAAAUAAUCAGUAAACUGAAACAGCUGCCAGACUUCCCUAAAGAGACGUUUGAAGGCUCUAGAACUGAAAUACUAAGAAGAUGUCUAUGUGCAGGAUACUUUAUCAAUGUAGCUAGGAGAUCUGCAGCCAGGACAUUCUGCACAAUGGACGGACAUGGCAGCAUAGUCUAUAUCCAUCCUUCAUCUACAUUAUAUAACCAGGAGACUCGCCUCGAGUGGAUCAUCUUCCAUGAUGUCACAGUGACAUCCAAAAUCUAUGUCCGGACAGUGUGUCCUGUUCGCUAUGAAUGGGUCAAAGACUUGUUGCCCAGACUGCAUCAAAUUGAUGCAUAUGAACUGAGCAGUGUGGCACGGGAAGAAGUAACUGAAGAGGAAAUAACCAAGUGGAAACAUAAGGAGGACCUUAAAAGGCAGUAUGAAGGAGUCACAGACAACUCUGCAAAGAAGAUGGAGAGAAGGAAUGAUGAUCAAUCAAUACUGGAUGCCCGAGCUCGCUAUCUUGAGAGAAAGCAGCAAAGAGCACAGGGUUUAAGUGGCCCAAUGAAAGAAGUGGGGUAAUACUCGCGGCUGCUCUACUCCCACUGUGAGGAAAGGCAGUUUGGUGCAGUUGUUCGGGGUAUGUUUGCAUAAUGCAAAAUGACUAACUGGAAUGGAGAAAAACUUCUGCUUUGUGGUAAGUUUGGGUGCCGAAGCAUACAAAUGCAAUCUUCCUUUGCUGCAUCCAGCAAGGAAAAGUUACCAAGCUGAAUUUUGUUGCUACAUGUCACUGGCAACAAUUUAGUGGCCUCAAAUGUGGAUGAAGACGUGAUACUUACUGUGGUGCCAAUUCUGUGGCAUUUAGUUGACUUAGAAAGGUCUCAGAGCCAUUAUUAAUAAAAUUUUCUUAAAGAUUGGGUUUUUUUUAGAGUGGAACUGUCACUUUUUAUCCAUUUCACUUUGUAUGAUUGUGGCUAUACAGUCUUCAUGCUCAUACACUACUCAGGAAAAUGUGUAGGAAGUGCUCUUUUAAUGAUGGAACCAUCAGGAUCCAAAUUCAAAAGGACGUUUGUCACCUGCAUUCUCUGUUGCAGACAGUGCUGUUCCUACUCUGUAUUGUGCUGUACCACAUACAGUGAUGUUUCUGGGUGAAGAUGUCUUUGUAUGCAAAGUAUUUUGUAAAUGUUUUCACAUUCUUGCUAACAAUGCAUAAUUUUUGUCAGGGAUGACUUAGCACUGUGUGUUUUCCAUUUGGCAAAAAAACCCAAAACAAACCCCAGCAGUCAGUCCAGUACUCAGCCAGGUUACGUCCUGCAGUCCGUCCGCCGGCCUGCUGCCUAGUGGGCUGUUUUUCUGAGUUUGGUAGCUGUUAUAUUUAAUAUGUCUGGAUUUUGGUCUGAAGAAUGAGUGUUUCAAAUGUGUAGAAAGAAUACACAAGGAAAUACUAGCUUUUUUCCUUGACUCAAGUAUAUAACAAAGCAAAGAGUUGUGAUGCUUUGACAUCAUAAAGUUUGUUUCCUUCUCGAUAAAGAGGUAAUCCCCUUCUGCCAGUUUAAUAAUCCUAAAAUGUUCCAGUGCUCUAGUAUGGAGCUUGUCUUUUUUGCUAUUUUUUCACUGUCAGUAAGUAACAUAUUGUAUCAGAUAAUUUCCAAAAAACUGGAAGAACCUACUGUCGUUUUUCACUCCUCAGUUGUGUGCAGCUCUGUGUCACCUUCAGUUGUUUUUCAGGUAACUAGCUAACGCUGUUAAAAAGAUGUUGCAAGGAAGCCUUAGCAUUUGGUGUAAAACGUUAAGCAUUCUGCCUCUGUACUGCACAGAUUGUAGCUGAUCAUAAGCUUUCAAAAACCUUGGGCUUCUCUUAUGGGGAAUAUGAUAAAAGAGAAGUCCCUCUUUCUGUGAUUGUUUCUAUUAAAACGAAAAAGCUGAGGCUGGU